AUGAGACUACAUGAAGUUUUGAGUAUUGUGACAGUGAUUCUGGCGAUUGUGAAUGGUCAGGGGAACAGUGUGAUCGAUGGGAAGUAAGUGAAAAAUUGAUGACAUAGCUGCGGGAGAAUUGAAAUUUCGGGGUGAAAAAAGGCCGACACAUGAAUUUUAAUGGUACCAUAUAACAAAAAGAGGGUUCUUCUUUCCAUUGCAACAUCAAUUUCAUCAAAAUUUUUAGUGUUUCAUCAAGAAUUUAUCGUUUUUACCUUAUUUUAGGUCAGAUUUUGAAAAAAUUGAAGAUUUACAGGAAAAAAGCAAUCCGAUUUAUGUUUCUACAGUGAUUUUAGAAAGCAUAUAGCAGAUACGUUAAAUUUCAGGCCAUUUUCUAUUGACUUUUAAAGGUUUUCAUCAAAAAUUUGCCAAUUUUGACCUAAAAUAAGGUCAAAAUUGAAAGACGACAAAAAAAUUCUCGCAGUAAACACUUGAAAAGCCCGGUAAAUUGUAAAAUACGACUACUUCAAUGUUGUCAUUUUAAUUUCUUUCAGUAAAUGCGACAUCAACAUCAAGAAAGUUGGAGUAAAUCCGAGUCGGACCUCCCUGUUGGUGUUGGACAACCAAAAUCAAGUGUUUCAGUUUGAUUUAGCCUCUCGAAAAUUAGUUUCCAAGCAACAGUUAGACUUGGUCUUCCCCAAUGCUCCGAGAAAUGUGAGUUUUUUGCCGAAAAUGGGGGAAAGCGACAUUUUAUACGAUGAAAAGUGUUUUGAUGACUAAAAAUGGCUAAUUUUGGAUGAAAAUAGAUGAAUUUCUGAUCGUCUUAGCAAGUAUGCGAACUUUUAUCCUUUGUUUUUAGCACAGUCAAGCGAUCUUUUGGCUCAGCGACAUUUUAUACGAUCAAAAGUGUUUUGAUGACUAAAAGUUAGAAGCAAAUAGACAACUUUCUAAUCGAAUUAAAAGGCAUACGGACGUUCCUACGGUAUUAUUUUAUCGGAAAAUACGAUUUAUAGAGCGACAUUUUAUACGAUCAAAAACUUUUGAUGUCUAAGGAAUUCUAAAAUAAGGUCGAAACAUAUGAAUUCUGUAAUAUCGUAUAUUGAAAAUGUAAUCCAAAGCACAGUCAUGCCUUAAAAAUUAUAUUACAGUCAUCAAUUUGUUAUUUUAUACCCAAAAAUCAAGUUUUUCACCAAAAAAUUCCAAAAAUCCCGUUUUUUGUUGAAAAACGGCUAAAACUAGCUUUUAGAAGGUAGCUUCUGUCUGAAAAAAGUUAUCAAAUUGAGCGUAGAGGCUGGCUCUACCAUCCAAAAGUUAUCAUAAGCUUUGUUGCAUCGACUAAGUUUAUAAAGAAAUCGAUUUUCCCCGAAAAACUUGAAAAAAUCCUGUUUUAUCACGAAAUUUUCAAAAAUUUUCAAUUUUUCAGGUCGAUUUGAUCGUCUCAAAUCAAAAUACCCUCUCUCUACUUGACUCACGAACCUUCUAUUCCUAUUCUCAAGCCGAAACUGGGCUGUACUCGGCUUCGGGGACCAGCAAUCUCCAUUCCCGUGUGGUUUUCUACCCGGAUUCGGCGAUUAUUUUGAAUUCCGAUGAUGUCAUCUUGAUCAAUGUGAGUGAAAGUUUUUUAAACUCGAUUAUGCUCUAUUUCAAAUAUUUUGACACCAAUUUAACUAUUUUUUCCCGUAAAUUUUAGCGAAUUUUUACGACGAUUUUAGGGCGGUGUCUACGCACAUUACAAUUUGGCGGAAAACUCGCCAAAAAUCCUGCGAAAUCGCGACAUCGAGUAUCCCCAUUUGCCUGAAGGUAAUUUCACUGCCUUACCAUUCGAUGAUCAACCGGAUCAACGCGACUUGUUCGUAUUUUACGGGCAAAAAAUGGCCGAAUACAAUUUGAACGAGAAGUUGAGGAAAAAUGAACGAAACUUUGAGGAAAUUUUCAGUUGCUGA